AUGAUGAGUUCAUACCGAAAUUUAUCAUUCAAACAAUUAAAGGAAAUGAAACCAAUUAUUACUCGAAAUCUUGCUUGGUUUAGUAAACAUCCAACUCAACAAACUUUUGGUGCAAAAUUAAAACGCCGUUUAAAAAAUUUACUAAUUGUUACUGUUGUUGGUGUCGGUAGCUUUUAUAGUUAUCGUGCCUAUCGUAGUUAUAAAUGGUCAAAAGAAGUUAGUGAAUCUGACAGUAUAACUGGUACUAAACCUCGUAUUGUUGUCUUAGGAACAGGUUGGGGUGCAGUACCACUUUUAAAACAUAUUGAUACUCAGAAAUAUGAAGUUGUUUGUGUAUCACCACGUAAUUAUUUUCUAAUGACACCUUUAUUACCAUCAGUUAGUGUUGGUACAGUUGAAACUCGAACAGUAAUUGAAUCAAUUCGUUCACUUGUUGGACCUAAAAUAAAAUAUGUCGAAGCACAUUGUGUUGAUGUUGAUACAAAAACGAAAGUAAUUACAUGUAAUAGUGAUGGAACAAAUACUGUAUCUCGUGGUGAUGAUGUUAAAACAUUACUUGAACCAUCAAAACGUGCAGGUGGUGCAUCAUCAAGAAUAAUUAAAGAUUCAGCUCGAACAAGACCACAAUUUGACAUGAAAUAUGAUAUACUCGUUGUUGCUGUUGGUUCAGAAAAUAAUACAUUUAAUAUUCCCGGUGUUGAAGAACAUGCUCAUUUCUUAAAAGAACUUCUCGAUGCUCGACGUAUUCGUUCAGCUAUAAGUGAUGCUUUUGAAUCAGCUAUGACACCAUCACAAACAGCAGAAGAAAGAAAACGUCUUCUUCAUUUUGUUAUUGUUGGUGGUGGACCUACCGGUGUUGAAUUUGCUGCCGAACUCGCUGAUUUCGUUCGUGAAGAUCUUCAAUAUUAUUUUCCACGUUUAGUUGCAAAUGAUGUUAAAAUUACUUUAAUUGAAGCACUUGAUCAUGUCUUAUCUAUGAUGGAUAAACAAAUUAGUGAUUAUACUGAAAAACAUUUUCGUCGUGAAAAUAUCGAUGUAUUAAUGAAUACAUUUGUAAAAUCAAUUAAACAACGUGAAGUUGUUGUUCAAUUUAAAGGUUCAAAUGAAUUAACAUCAAUUCCAUGUUCUGUUGUUGUUUGGGCAACUGGUAUUAAAGCACGACCAAUAACAAAUCGAAUUCGAGAAAUAAUUGGUUUAAAGGCACAAAGCAAUCGAAUGGGUAUUCUUACUGAUCGAUAUUUACGUGCUAAAGGUGUUACUGACGGGUCAAUAUAUGCUAUUGGAGAUUGUGCUACUAUUGAACAACCAAAAUUAGUCGAUCAAAUUCAAACAUUAUUUGAAGAAGCAGAUACGCAACGUAAAGGAGCAUUGGAUCUUCAACAAUUUAAAGCAUUAGUUGAACGUAAAAUUCACGACUUUCCACAGCUUGAAAUCUUUUCAAAAACAAUUGAAAAAACAUUUGAAGAAGCUGAUAAAGAAAAAUCCGGUUUUCUAACACUUGCUACACUUCAUUCAGCACUUGAAAAAGCUGAUAAGAAAAUUCGUGCAUUACCAGCAACAGCACAAGUUGCAGCACAAGAAGGUCGUUAUAUAGCUGAUUUACUCAAUCAAGUAACUGAUUUAAAAUCAAGUGAUUAUCAACAACAAAAUUUACAAUCAUUUCGUUAUAAACAUAUGGGCGCAUUAGCAUAUGUUGGCGGUGAUUCAGCUGUACUUGAUUUUAGUGGAACAAAACCAAUUUUUGAUUUAUUUAAUUUACAACCAUUAUCAGGUCGUAGUGCGGCUUAUUUAUGGAAAUCAUUUUAUUUUACUGAAAUGUUUACCGGACGAACAAAAACAUUACUCGCAUUUGAUUGGGUUCGUACACGUUUGUAUGGACGAGAUAUUAGUCGUUAUUAA